AAGGAUAUUAUGUAAUGAUGAUGCACCAUAUCAUGUUAUCUGGUACACGGUGUUCAACUGAUUGUUUUAACGACGGAAACCAGUCGAUAGUGACCUUCUCUAUAUGAUGCCUUACGUAUGUUUGUAUGUAAUCUAUUAGACCUGAUAAAUAUUUCGUUAUCAAAUUUAAUAGAAAUAAUAUAAUAAAAUAAACAAAUGGCCGGAGAAGAGAGAACUAUUGUGGUGGCAAUGGAUGGAAGUGACCAUGCAGAAAAUGCAUUUAACUGGUACGUGAAGAAUGGUUUAAGAUCAAGUGACAGACUGAUAAUUGUUUAUUGCGCAGAAUACAAUCGGAUAAAUUCACAACCUGUAACAUUGAUGUCCGUCGACCCAAAACUCGUGACAAACCUUGUAGCAAAAGAAGAAGAACAUGUAAAGGAAAUAGCAGAGAAAUUCAAUGCUCUCGUAAAAAAACAUAAGAUAAAUGGUAAAGUAGUACGAGUCAAUGGCGAUGCGGGGCCUGGUAUUGUUGAUGUGGCAAAUAAAGAGAAUGCGAAAUAUAUAGUUGUCGGAAGUAGGGGACUUGGUAAAAUACGGAGAACAUUUCUAGGUAGUGUUAGUGACUAUGUUCUACAUCAUGCACUCGUUCCUGUAAUUGUGUGUAAAAAUUAAAACGAUUAGCAAACAACGUUGAUUUAAAAAAAAACUAUCAUAAAUUGUAAUCAGAUUAUUUGAUACUAUGUGAUAUUAUAUAUGCUAAAUUGGGUAUUUUCAUAAAAUAUAGAUAUUUGUUAAAGAUAAUAUUUUAAAUAAAAUUCACUAUACA